UUACGUCAUGAACACGUGACAAUUGAAUUUACGCUGUGAAGCGUUAAGUUGUUGUUUACGUUUCGUUUCUGGGGUUCGGUUGUAUUGGUUACGAUUAUGUCGGAGAAACAUCAACUUAACGGUGCUUAUAGUAACCCAGGGUACCAACAAGGGGGUGACCCGCCGCAACAAGGGGGUUACCCGCCCCAACAAGGGGGUUACCCGCCCCAACAAGGGGGUUACCCACCCCAACAAGGGGGUUACCCACCCCAACAAGGGGGUUACCCACCCCAACAAGGUGGUUACCCAUCCCAACAAGGGGGUUACCCACCCCAGCAACAUAAUUCAUAUCAGCAAGCACCCUCAAUGGUCCCGCAAACACAGGGGUUACCCCAGCAGCAGCAAUAUGGAACAGCACAGAAAGCCCCAGUGCAAUGGGAUCCAUCUACUGCCCAACAAUACCACGGUGAAAUGAGCGAUGAUUAUCAGAAUGAGAGAGCGGAGGAACCGGUCGUUCCAUCCGCUCCUCCCCCCCUCGAUGUUGUGUUGCCGGGGUACGAGAAUGUCGCUUACAAUGAAGCGGCAGCUGGCCCACCCCCAAGUUACGACUCAGUUGUUGGCGAAGCUGCUUCUGUUGAUUCAUCCAAUUUUAAGUCAAUAACAUCAGAGGAAGCCAAGGAAGCUUUGUUAGAAUAUGUUUCUCAAGAAUGUUGUUAUGGUAAAGGGGCGGCCAAAGAUAUGGACAUCAAGGAUAUACAAAGUACAUCAGCUUUCCAUUAUACCUUGGAAACUUUCACUGAAGGCAGAACCACAAAGUGGCAUUAUGUUCCUUACUCAGGAGGAUUUGUGGAUGGUCCCCAUAAUGGGCCCGCACCGGGACCGUGGGACAUACAAUCCAACGCAACCGCUUUGUUCAAAACAGAAGUUAAGAAAGUGGAGAUUCCACAUACUGCCUCUGUUAGGGCGUGCCACGUAUGUUGUGGGCGUGGCUUCAAUAGAUGUUGGCACUGUCACGGUCGGGGUCGUAUAAAAUGUAGCCAUUGUCAGGGCAGUGGUCACCGUAAUAUAACAAGAGAUGGACAAACACACAGGGAGUCGUGUCCCAUGUGUCAUGGUCGUGGUAAGAAGAGAUGCUACACUUGCUCAGGCAUGGGGUGCGUGAGGUGCAAGGAAUGUCAAGGAUUUGGAAAACUCAAGCAAUUCAUUCAACUCACCAUCUCAUAUUCGAACAAUCUAAGCGAUCACAUUAUUGAACGAACGGACAUGCCUGAUCACCUGAUUCGUGAUGUCACUGGUGAUGUCAUCUUUCAACAAGCCGCUCUUAGAGUUGGUCCGGUUCAAAACUUCAUCGAACAAGAAAUCAAUCGACGUUCGUCCGAGCUCGUGUCCUCUCACGCCACCGCGUGGCCAGCAAAACUUAUCCUACAACAGCGUCAUAAACUAACAGCCGUCCCUGUUUACGAAUGUCGAUUUAAGUUUAAGGAUAAAGAGGGAAGGUUCUGGGUGUAUGGACACCAACAUAGUGUUUAUACAAAGGAAUAUCCGCAUACAUGUUGUUGCUGUAACAUCUUGUAAUUCACUCCAUGUUUAACUAUGUUAUAUAUUUGUAAGAUUGUUACUCCAUUUAUUUCUGUUCAUCUUCAGUGUGUAUCAUGAUUUGUAAGAUUUUUUUCCCAAAGUGAAAUCAACACUUUAAUCAUAUGCAUAUAUUUAUUUCAUCAUUGCAGUCUAUUAACCAGUGUUCAAAUGUAUGUUAAAUUACUCUGCCAUAAGUUUCAUUGAUUAUUUAAUAAAGCAUGAUUUAUAUGAAA